AUGAUUCACUUGGUGGCGCUCAGCCUCACCUCUGUGGCACUUGCCGCACCUACAACCGGGGCCACGCCUUGGGGUUACUUUACCAACAACACCAUCAUGACGACAAGCGGGAAUGCCAGUGUCAGUUAUCCGAGGUUCACAGAACUUCAAAAUGGGUCCAUUCUUGCCACUACGGCGUACAGAGGACCUCAACCACCUUACUUCCCAAUCUUCCGGUCGGACGAUGGUGGCGCCUCUUGGGAACAUGUAUCCGAUCUGCGUGAUCAGGUUGAAGGUGUCGGUUUCACCGCUCAACCCGCCAUCACUCAUUUGACUUUCCCUCUGGGAGGAUAUCCCGAGGGUACCAUCCUAGCUGGUGGUAAUAUCUUUGGGCUCAACUUUACCCGCAUCGACCUGUAUGCCAGUACAGAUGGUGCCAGGACUUGGGAGUUUGUCAGUCACGUUGCAGAGGGUGGCAGAGCCAAUACGACGAAUGGGGCGACGCCCGUGUGGGAGCCGAAGUUUCUUCCCUGGAACAACUCGGUGAUAGCUUAUUACUCUGAUCAGCGAAACCCAGAACACGGCCAACAAUUGUCCCAUCAGGUCUCGUACGACCUGAAGACUUGGGGUCCAGUCGUUACCGACGUCGCUCUGGAGCCGUAUGACGCGAGACCCGGAAUGACCAACAUCGCUCAUGUUCAAUCUGUCAACAAGUGGAUCCUCGUGCAUGAGACGCCCAUUGGCAACUCGUCUUCAUACGGUGUCAACUAUCCAGUUCACUACAAAUUGGCAGAUACCCCUGUCGACUUUGGACCCAGUCCAGAUAUCCCCCUCGUGGUGAACAAUAAGACUGCUCCUAACGCCUCUCCUUAUGUCGUUUGGAGCAAGGAUGGCGGACCGCUGGGAACCAUUAUCGUCUCCGAUGCGGACAACACUGGAGUCUUUACGAACACAGCUGGAGGAGAUCCCGAUAAAUGGGAACUACACGGCACACCAGCAGGGGCAGUCUACUCCCGAGCCGUUGAGAUCUUGCGCUGUCUGCCUAACCAUCUGUUGAUCUAUGGUGGUGACACAUAUGAUGGAGCAAUGGAAGGCGCCCAUGAACCUUUCUCAGUGACUUCUGUCAACCUCGAAGAGGUUCUCGCUGCACCUGAGUAUAGCUUUCCAUGA